UUGCGCGCACAUUCGUUGUUGACGACUUAGGGAUCCGUUUGAGUUUGAUUUGGGUCGACAAUCGAGUAAUGGUUAAAAUUCGUUGUCAAAUGUUAUAGCUAAUUAGGAUCUGUAUGAUGUUUUAACAAUAAAUGCUGGUACACUUACCCGUUUAUUAGGACAGUUUGAGUGAACUAUUCCAGCUGUGGUGGAGAAAAUGAUGUAGUUAUGCAAGUAAUUUCAAGUUUUGCUUCUGUUCGCAAAUUGUUGUAAAAUUAAAGUUUACUAGUGGCUGAAUUGUAUGUGACCUAUGUUAUGGUGAUGACUUUUGUAAACUGACACAAAAAACCGCGGGAGUAGGCCAGCCCGAAGAACAAAGGAGAAGUUCAAAAUAAGUGGUAAAGCUACGCCUACAAUGUGUAAUCCACCAAUCCAAUCUCCCACACCAGCGCCACAUCCAUUUCUCAUCUGCAAUCACUUCCCGCCAUGAAUCUCGUUAACCACACAUCCGUUUCUCUUUGCUUCUCCGCCGGAUUCUUCCCCUGCCGGCGCUCUCUGCCCCUCGGCCGACGAGUCUUCCUCGCAAGGUCGAGCAGUCUUCGAUUCCCGGCUCACGAGGUCAAGCACCGCCGGGAACUAGAAGCUGCCAUAGGGAUCGUGGAGCGCGCUUGUCGCAUCUGCGCCGACGUGCAGAGCUCCGUGCUCUCUAGUGAAGCAUCGUCCGUGGAGAAGAGCGACAGUACUCCAGUCACCAUCGCAGACUUCGGUGUUCAAGCUUUCGUCAGUUUUGAGCUAGGUCAAGCUUUCCCUGCUAUUCCCUUGGUUGCUGAAGAGGAUUCUGGGUUCUUGAGGGAAAAUAACCUCGUGGAUUCUGUCGUCGAUUUGGUUGCUGAUAAAUCAAGUGCAGACAAGCCAUUGACUCGAGCUCAAGUCCUGGAUGCAAUUGACAGAGGGGGAAAGAAUGCCAUUGUUUACGAGAAUAAGCCAGCCACUUACUGGGUCCUGGAUCCAAUUGAUGGUACCAAGGCUUUUCUCAAAGGGAGUGGAGCCUUAUAUGUGGUGGGUUUGGCACUUGUGGUUGAAGGAGAGAUUGUGUUAGGUGUUAUGGGCUGCCCAAACUGGAACGAUUCUGAAUCCUUCCAAUCCACUACAGUGGUCAGCAAUGCAUUAAGUGGAGCUGGGAUUGUAAUGGCUGCUCAUAUUGGUUGUGGGACCUGGAGAAGGAGGUUUCAAGAUGGCCGCCAGGGUGGAUCAGCUGAACCAUCUGACUAUGAUUGGAGUAGAUGCUUGGUUGACGGGUGUCUGCUAGCAUCCCAAGCACGAUUUUGCAUGACCGAUAGUGCAAUUUGGGAAUCAAUGCCUUUGUCACCUUUCUUCAGUGCAACAACUGAUGCUGCUGGCGAUGGCAGUGGAAAGAGUGUGGUUCUCUUGAAGGUUUGGGGUGGCAGUUUAACCAGGUAUAUGAUGGUGGCUUCAGGAAUUGCAUCUGUCUUCAUUAUACGAGCGAAACCACGGAUACCAAUCAAGGUUUGGGAUCAUGCAGUUGGCUUGCUAUGCGUUCAUGAAGCUGGGGGCAAGGUGACUGACUGGGCAGGGGCUGAACUAGACCUUGCAGAGGAUGGUGUGGAACGAAGGAUCAUAUAUCCCGCUGUUGGAGUUAUUGCGACCAGUGGCAAGAUUCACACCCAGAUAGUGGAGAUGAUUUCCGUAAGUUCCUCCACUGGAUGAGCCCUGGUCCUUUCGGUAAGUCCAUAACCGAAACUGUAAUUGUCGCAUUUAUAAUCACUGGUUUAGUUGAAUUUUUUGUGUUUAUCCUUCAUCAAUCCCCCUGUCUUCACUGUGUAAAUAGCAUAGGAUCCAGGGUAUGCAACAUAUUGCCAGCACUUUGAGUUCAUGAAAGCUGUUAUAAGUUCUUUUUUUCCGGGAUGGGAUAUGGAGAAGAUAACAUUCCACAUUACUAUCAGUAUGGAAUAAGAAUGCUCACUUUUUAUCUGCUCACCUUUUGCUCUAUGUGUCCACAUCAACAGGCCACUUGAUCACUAUUCACUAGUGACUUCUUGUGCCUUCAAUUUUUGUGAAUUUUAGUAGGAUUCGUGAUACUAACAGCUCAAGAUAUAAUAGCAUAAGUGUGUAAUGAUAAGAUUGCUGAGACAUGCGUGGAUGCUGUGAAAUGAUAAGAUGGGUAACGAAUCUUCGAGCUGUUUUUUAUUCAUGUUUGUAAUCUUUUUCACUAUAGUUGGCUGGCUAGGCCAACAUUUAUCUAUAUAAAGGGCGCAUUUGACA